AGCUCCUGGCCGGUUCUGUCCCGCGUGCUGGCAGUUGAGCCCUAACGGACCAGCCUGAGCUAGGGACUCAAUUCUGCCGGACUCGCCUUUUCGGCUUUGACAGCUCCACACGAAUCCGACGUUUUCUCUAAUUUAACCUUUACGGCAAAUUUGACAGCUAACACACAGAGUUUAUGUUUACAUAUUUAACAGCUGUAACGCACUUGGCAACUACACCGGGAAACUCUUUUAUUCAACCCGGUUUAUUAUAAAUAUUUCUGUUAACGGUUUCAGCAGAAGUGAUAGCUCUAAACCGUCAAGAUGACAGAGGAACUUGAGCUAAUUCUUUCGCAGCUGACACAGCCGGAUAAUGCUGUAAUUCAGCAGGCCACCGUCCAGCUGAAACAGGCUUUCAAAGACCCAGCCAUUAUUCCAGCCCUCUGUGCUGUCAUGAGUGGCUCCCAAAACCCUCAGAUUCGUCAGUCAGCUGCAGUGAUGCUGAGGUUGAGAGUGAAGAAACACUGGAAGAAGAUUAACCCUAAUGAUAGAGAGAGCCUUAAGACAGUGGUGUUGCAGGCCUUCAUGCAGGAAACCGAGCACACAGUGCAGCACUCACUUUCCCAACUGUGCGCAAUGAUGGUUAAGCAUGAGACACCAGAUCGCUGGCCUGACCUGCUGCAGCUCCUAAACCAAGCCACCAAGAGCAGCAACCCUCAUGAUAGACAGGUUGGCCUCCUGCUGCUGAAUAAGGUGAUGGAGUCUAAUCCUGAGCCUUUCAAGCCUCACUACUGCCAGCUGCUACAGCUGUUUACUGUUGUCCUGCAGGACCUCCAAAACCCAACAGCCCUGUACUACUGCAUCCUCACCCUCACAGCCAUAACUGCAUACACUGGCACUGAAGAGAUGAACCUCAUGCGUUCUAUCAUCCCACACCUGAUUGUUGCUCUGAAACACCUCAUCAAGGCAGACCAGAGCCAAGCCAGCGAGGCCAUGGAGGUUUUCAACGAGCUCAUGGAGAGCGAGGUGUCCAUCAUCGUCCCUCAUAUUGCUGACAUUGUCCGCUUGUGCUUGGAGGUGGGCAGUGACACCACUCUGAACGACUCAGUGCGGGUGAAAGCACUGUCUUGUAUUGCUUUCCUCAUCAAGCUGAAGAGCAAGACUGUGCUGAAGCAGAAGCUGCUGACCCCCAUCCUGCAGGCCAUUUUCCCUAUUUUGAUUGCAGCCCCCCCGCCUGGCGAGCAGGACCCAGAGGACCAGGAGGAUGACAGCGGAGAUGGAACAGACAAUGACAAUCCCAAGCAUUGCUCUGCUCAGAUUAUUGACACUAUGGCCCUCCAUAUGCCCCCAGAGAAACUGUUUCAACAACUGAUGCCCAUGACCCAGACCUGCCUGGCCAGUGAAAACCCCUACGAGAGGAAGGGGGGGCUGAUGUGUCUCGCUGUGCUGGCUGAAGGAUGUGCUGACCACAUACGCACCAAGAUGCUGUCAUCAGUGCUGCAGACGGUGUGCCAGAGUCUCUCUGACAGCAACCAGGUGGUGCGCAGUGCCAGCCUCUUUGCCCUGGGACAGUUCUCUGAGCAUUUACAGCCUGAAGUGAGCAAGUACUGUUCAGAGUUGAUGCCGUUGCUGCUGGGCUACCUUUCCUCAUUGAACCAGGCAAAGGUCGGCCAUGUAACUAAGGCCUUUUAUGCCCUUGAGAACUUCAUGGAGAACCUAGGAGCAGAUAUUGAGCCCUACCUGCCCACCCUGAUGGAAACCAUGUUGUCUGCUCUUAACAUCUCCAACAACUCUCCGGUAAAGAGGCGUUCCUGGAGACCUGGGAAGGAAGGAGACGAGGAGACCUGGGAGAGCAAAGGAGCCGACAGCCGGACCUCACGGUUUAGUGUGGAGAACGCAUACAUCGAUGAGAAAGAGGAUGCCUGCGAUGCGCUGGGAGAGAUUGCCUUCAGCACUGGUGCUGCCUUCCAGCCCUUCUUGGAGUCCAGCUUCCAGCAGGUUUACGAGAUGAGAGAUUUUCCCCAUGAGGACGUCCGCAGGGCAGCAUUUGGAGCUAUGGGCCAGUUCUGCAGAGCUCAGCAUCUAGUGUGGAAGGAGAUUCCCACUGAGGCCAACCACCAGGCCUUACUGAAGUUGCUGGAUGUGGUGCUUCCCUGCUUUGUGGAAAGCGUUCGAACAGAGCACGAGCGCCAGGUAGUGAUGGGCAUCCUGGAAACAAUGAACAACGUCAUGAAGUCCUGCAAAGAGGAGGCUUUCAAGAACCCUGCACGCCUAAAGGAGAUCAGCCAUGUCAUCCGUGACGUGCUCAAGAAGAAGACGGUUUGUCAGGACGGUGGCGGCGAUGAAGCUGAUGAUGAAGAACAACAGGCGGAGUACGACGCCAUGCUCCAGGAGUUUGCUGGGGAGGGGAUUCCUCUGGUGGCGUCGUCUGUGCCUGCAGACAAAUUCUCCCCUUUCCUCAACGACCUGCUGCCUCUGCUCAUGAACAAAACUAAAUCCUCUUGCACGGUGGCAGACCGCUCCUUCUCUGUGGGAACAAUCGGAGAAAUCCUGCAAGCCCUUGUGACCGCACCUGGGGGCGCGGGAGUGGCGGGCCGACUGUCCAAUCGCUUGCUCCCCGUGCUGGUAGCUGGGGUGAGAGACAGUGAUGCUGAGGUCCGCAACAACAGCGUGUUUGGGCUGGGGUGUCUGGCCCAGGCUGCCGGACCCAUCUGUGUCACAGACUAUCCCAUGAUGCUGUCUGUCUUCUCCAGCAUGCUGACCAAAGAGUCAGACCUCAGGGUGAUUGACAAUCUGUGUGGAGCGCUCUGCAGGAUGAUCCACAGCAACGUGGACGCUGUCCCUCUCGAGCAGGUUGUGCCCGCUCUGGUGGGUCGUCUUCCCCUCAAAGAGGACAUGGAUGAGAACAAGACCGUGUACAGCUGCCUGGCCAUGCUCUACACACACAGCCCUGCUCUGGUUUUGGGGCUAAUGAAGCCCAUCGUGGCCGCUUCCAGUCAGGUCCUCGGCAACAACAAAGUGGAUCAAGAAACCCAGAGCACGUUGGCGCUGCUGAUGAGAGACUUUGCUCAGCAGCACUCUGCAGCCUUCCAAGCAGCUGUGAGCUCACUUCCUGGAGAGCAGCAGGCAGCACUCAGCGCAGCCCUCUCGUAGCGCGCUCACGUCCUUCCACUCGGGUCAAAAGCCAGCACAAAAAAAAAAAAGACGUGGGGACAGUUUGUGGCUUCUCCCAAAAAUGAUCUAAAUAUAGCACUUCAACCAUUCUUGUUAUCAUUUCAUUUGACAUUUACACCUAGGAGGACUCACUUUUAAUGUAUUUGCUCAAACGCAUGAUGUGUUUAAGUUUUAUUAUUUUAAGAGUUACCCUCCCGUGUUGUUCCCAUUGUAUUCUGUUUCCCUGUUACUACUGUAAAGUGCUUCCACUAUAGUCGACCUUUCUGACACGGUUUGGACUUCUGGCUUCUGCUGUCUGAGUGUGAAACAUUGAUCUGCUGAUAAAAGUCGUUAUUUGUUC